AGAUGCACGAAGGUCAAAAGUAUUUUAAAAAUAAGGCCGUAGGCAUUGGCAGAUUGGUAUGGCAGUGGACGUUAAGGGUCGGGUGGCGUUGUAAUGGCAAAAAGUUUGCGAAAGGGUCGGGAUUGGAGAUAGACAAGAUGGACCAACAGUAUUGUCUACGGUGGAACAAUCAUCCAGCCAACCUCACAGACGUUCUCAGCUCGUUGCUUGCCAGAGAGGCACUCUGCGACGUAACCCUGGCGUGUGUUGGAGACACUUUCAAGGCACACCAGACGAUACUCUCUGCAUGCAGUCCGUAUUUCGAGAGCAUUUUCCUUCAGAAUACCCAUCCCCAUCCAAUUAUAUUCCUGAAGGAUGUCAAUGACACGGAAAUGAAGGCGUUGCUGCACUUUAUGUAUAAGGGAGAAGUUAACGUUAGUCAGCAUCUACUACCGAUGUUCCUUAAAACAGCCGAGGCAUUACAGAUUAGAGGCCUCACUGAUAAUAGUGUAAAUAACAAGGCAGAAGAGAAAAGUCCAUCGCCAGAACCAGAAACGCAAACUGGUGUUAGGCAUACUGACUCGCCUAACCUUCAGCCUCUUCCUGAAAAGAGGAAAAGAAAGGCUUCGGGCAGCUAUGAUGUUUCCCUUAGUGGUCCACCCAGUGAACGGUUCAUGUCCGAUUCUCAGGCAUCUUCACAAUGUAGUUACAAAUCAAGUCCUCCUGUGAUUCCAAAGUUAAAUAAUGCCUUGGGAGGUGAAAUGGAAGAUGGUGGCCGACCUAUGUCUCCUUCAUCACAGCCGCAACCAUCUAUCAAGCAAGAGUUAGAUCAUCACUUACCAGACUUUCAUGACAACAUCUCCCUCCCAGGCCACCCGGUCGGACUGCUAGCAGAGGAAGGAGGAGCCACGACGGGCGCGCUUAGCGACGGCGUGUCAGGAAUUGAAUCGUCUGAACACCAUAAUCCCCCAGAAAUGCUCGACGGACUCGAUGAUACGACACUUUUAACUCCUCAGGGCAUUGAGUGCGCGCCGAUUACGUGCAUCGAGAAAGUUAAUCUAUCGGAUUUUUUCGAGAAGAUGCCGUACACGUACACUAGCAAAUGCAAACUGUGCGGUCGGGUCGUGUCCAAUCAAAAGAAUCAUUACUUGACCCACAAUCCAGGGAAUUACGUGUGCCCACUGUGCGGGUGCCGGCGAACUCGGCUGGAUAACCUGAAGGGUCACAUAAAACAGAAACACCCCGAAAUACAGAUACUUCAACGGUCGAACAAUGGCACUGUGCAAACAUGAUCGUACACGUACCAUGCGUUUCUUUCUCCGUUCGGGUUUCCUCCCCGCGGAAUGUCCGAAAUCCUCGAGAAUUCGGGACAUUCGAAUCAAACCGGGGAUGCUUAUCACCUCGGACAACUCGUUUGCUUCUGUUCACUCCCCUCGACCAUGUUCAUUGUACAAAACGUCCGUUUCUUGUGUCGACAAACAUCCUGCUUCAGUUCCACGAUUCGCGUGUGUCUCCAGCGUGCCGCGAAUAGAAGCAAGAAUAUCGAGCACUUCGUUCAUUUCAGCGAACAGAUAACGCCUCUAAACUCCCGAAGAUUACCUUUCGAACAUUCCGCGUAAACAUCGUUUCAGGCGGUCGGUGGUCGUAUCUUCUGUUCGUAUGUUUCGCGUUGUCGUCAGUUUUUUCUCGUUCGAACGGGCUCUCGACACGAUAAUGUUAUUGGCCGCGACUGGAAAAACGAGGGUGAAAAAUACGGGAAGUGGCGGGGAACGAAAUUUCUCGUUCGGAACGGGAACGCUAGUCACGCCGCGCGGUCGAAACGCGCAGCUUUACGACGGGACGAUCCACGGUAUCGGCUCGGGAGCGUUGCGUACUUAUCAAACCGGCCGAAAACGCGGUGAAAUUUGCAACGGUCCGAUCCGUCCGGCCGUGUGUCGCUCGCAGCAUUGUUGCACCGCUCAAGUUCUCGUGUCGCGACGGAUAAGCGGAUUUCGCGAUUGACGAGCGUGCAGGAGUCGACGCGUUGGCAUGUUGGCCGAUUAAACCAAGAUCAAUCGGAAAACUAGAAACAGCUCGUAACUCGUCCCUUAUACCCGCUGAUCGGUUCUGAUGGAAAAGUCGUUCACCCUGCGACCAAACUGGGAACAGUUUCCGCAACAUAGUUUCCUUCUUUUAGAAUUACUUUUUUACCCGCUUCAUUAUAGGCACGUUAUUACCCCCACCGUAUUGUUCGCUAACAGUAGGCGUGUUCGUGUGGGAUGGGUUAAGGAGCACGAACCAAUGAAACGAUAACAGAAUCGCGCUUCAACGUUCGCCAUACUCGCGAUGUUGGUUCAGAGUAAUGUUACUAUAAUAAGGUAACUGUAUUCUUGUUCUUAGUAUAUUCUAGGAAAUUUGACUUAAUCAUUUAUACCAUUUUGAGAACUUAGUUUCAUUAGUCACUCGAUCAGCUAGGAACUAAACGUUAUCAAAUUACAUAUGCUUUUCGAAUAAUACUUCGAUAAAUGCUUCACAUGGCAACUAGUUUUUACUUGAUACAAGAAAGUCAAUUUGCUUUUUACAAUAAUACGGUAGAGCAAUCGCACUAACGGCACUACUAGAGGUAAGGGUCGCUUUCGCAUCUCCGAAUUGAAUUUCCGAUCGAGAGAACUGCAUUUUGCAUAAUUCAAUAACCAAUAAUCUACAAGUCACCAAAACAUCGUAGUAAUCGAAUUUCUGGGUGUAGGAAAUUGUUCCUUUGUCAGUGACAUCUGUACUGCAACAUUAUUCAACAAGUCGGACUUUGGAUGAAUCAAUCUACUUCUUCCGAGCGCGGGUCUACGUUUUCUCACGUAUUAAUCAUUGACCACACGCCAGUAUGAAUUCCGUAAAUUUCUCGCGACAUUCGCCCAAAAGUGUCCCAUUCCCCGAACCCAGAGGCGUCGUCAAACCAGACAUGUUGUCACAUCCCGCCAGCAAGAAGCUACUUCGUGCCACCCCGAGACUCCUGUCUACGUUCGAACUCGGUGGAUACCGGUGUGUGUGUGCGGGUCCUGUGCAUUUAGAGGAGCAACGGUACGACGAAGCCAAAUGGAAAUUAGUAUAACGAGACUUUCUCCGGUCUCAGUCAAAGGGCGUCUCACGGUUAACGAUAAAAAGCGUUUCGUCGUUUUGCGUCGGUCCGUGACGAUACGGGCCAUCGGUCCGGUCGCCGUUGCAUUUAAUUACAUCGCGCUCCCUUCAUUAGCGUAAUUAUUCUUUUUGCGCGCAAUUUUACGAGCCCCCUCCCCCAAACCAAUCGAUCUCUCGCGGGAACAGUUGUGUUGCUCCUUUGUCUUUCUUCUGCGUUCGGUUCGACGGUUAGGCUGGAGUUUGCAGUUUAAGGAACUUCUUCGUUUCGUCUUAUUGAGACGGUCCGAUUGGACUGUCGUGGUCUAAUAGCGUUUUCGUAGAGAUUCACGUUUUUAGAGUUUCAAAUAGCUUGAACCAAUAUACAUUAAUCGGAUUGCUUUUCUCAUUUACUAGAAGUUAGAAUUGAAAUAUGUUUACGGGACUUUUAACGCUUUAUCUUCGCAAUUGAAAUCGCUAUUUCCAUUAAAAGGUUAACUGAACGAUCAACCCGUUAUUCGAUAUCCUUUCAUAUAUCUUACAUUGCCUAAUUUCCAAAAACUCUUAGCAUUCGCUAAUCCGCGCGAAAUCAGUACUAUCAAAGCUUGGAUUGAUUUCUGAUUGUGAUAAUGUAUACACUUUCUCCUCGCGCGUGUACACAAGGGAACGGUUAUCUUAUCGCGUUCUUGCUUCGGUGUCCGCAAACGAAGUUUGGAGUGGUUUUUGUUCGCUGCUUCACCGCAAGAUAUUAACGUCAAUAAAAAAGUAAUAUUCAACUCGUAAAACCGUUAGUACACAGAAAGUGAAAUGAUAAGAACCGUAAAAUAUCUUUCGUUCCCGCUGCAAUGAAUCUUCCGAAUGAUUUCCUCCCUGCAGUUUCCAAAAUCGAAUCCACGAAAUCUACAUUAUACGUGACGCGGUCCCUGAUCAGCGCACCGGAUCAUCUGUACUAAAGGUUCAUAGAAAUAGAAUCCGGACACAGAACAUAACACCGGCAUUCCGCCCUGUUUUAUUACCAAUUCCGUUUGCAGCGAUCGAUCAUUCGCAGAAAUAAUUAAUUUCGUUUAACUCAUCCCGCCGUGUAAAUAGGAAGUCCCUUUCAAUAUCAUCAUGCCGAGUCGCGCACGAAUCGGACAGUUUUAACCAAUAAAGUCCCGCGUCGGACGAGGCGGUCCGCCGAAACUGAUCGCCGCACGGCGCAAAUUCAUAACACUCAUCCAGCCUCUUAUGUACCCUCCGCGCAACCCCCGGAACGGUUUUCCGUCGGUCGAUUCCUUAUUCUGGGAUCGCCAUCCAUUUUCAUCUCGGCCGGUUUUUCGCUCGACUGUCCUCUCUCCUUCGAUACCAUUACUUCCACCUGGGGAGGUCGGCUCUUUGGUCCUGCCGUGGAUCCGGUGGCCGCGCGGAGCAGAGCCUUGCAUCGAUCUCGAACAAAGCGGCUUCGAGGACGAAACACCGUAUUAUAGCUGUCGACGGUUCGCGGGGCUAUCGGUUGUUUAAUAUUCCCAGGUGGAUGGGAUGGGGUGGGAGAUGGUACGGUAUCUGAAGAUGGUCAGGGGGUAGAGCCAAGAGGACGCCGGAGAUGGAGUGGGAGAGAAUCCGUUCGUAGAGCGAAAGGGGUGAUGUAGUAGACCAAGAAACUCUGCCCCGGAUGGGGAAGAGGGACGGCAGGUCCUCUUCGCGAUAAGCUCCUUAAAGGCAUAUCUUCUCGCCCUUAUUACAGGGUUGUGCUUCACGGAUGAACGGUUGAAGUAGGAGUCGACGGUGGUGCUCAAUAAGAGGAUCACAGCGGGUAGAGGUGGUGCAGCGGUACCCAUUGCAAAGAGUUUCGUUUUCUCGAGCACGCGACAAGAGGCUUUUGCCUUUCGCUACCGUGUUCCCGCUUUAAACUCCGCUAGCUUAGCCAAUGGAGGAGAAGAGCCCCCCGGAUUGUUUCCUCGAGUUCCCUCGAAAACUAAACCGUCCUGUGUGCCCGUCGGACGAAUAGCUUCGUCAGAACUUGCGGCUCAAUUCUGUCGAGUACACGGACCCCACCUCGCCAGCGUUUCUUCGCGCGAUUCGCAUCGAAAAUGGUCGGCCGAGAAGGCUUCCCUUGAACACUUCCGAACCGGAUCAUUCGGGGACGAGUCUCUUUCCACCUUUGUCUGUCUCUGUCUCUCCGGCUCCGUUGAAUUUCAUCGCCCAACUCGGCGAGCACUCGCUUUCGGUUGUAACGCGCUCGUGUGCGCGACAGUUGGUCGAAACGCUUGUUUUUUGAAGCAUUAACAACACUCCGAACAAGCCGCCCCCCGGUCUAGUUCGCGUGCGCGAGCCCUCGACGUACCCUCGCGGAAAUUAUUCUCCGCGACCGCGGCCCCGCGCGCACGCGAGAAUUUUUCACGGUGCGGAGAACCACUCGGAACUCUUGUGCGUGUUCCCCCGGCGACUCGGCCGCGGAAUGAUCUUUAUUAAAACGCCGAGUAUCGCGGGAAUCGUUAGGGGUGGCUCGCGGCGUUAGGGACGCGUUGUUCGGUUGUUGCGUUCGAAGUGCGGUCUCCAGGGUCUGUAAUUCUUUUGGGACUUUAUACGAUUAAUGGAAAUAAUUUGCACACUGGUAGCGGAGGAAUUUCAUUCUACUUUGACGCGGGUUUCUUGUUUCUCCUAUUUAUAUUUCACGUGAACUUUUCGAUAUAUUUAGAGAGAUCUGUGGUGUGACAUUUAAAGUUAACGGAGUGAUGUUAGAGUACUGACAUUGUAAUUUUUAUGUUAGAAUAUAGCGAUGGUCCUUGAAUUAGAGAGAUAAAAGUCAACUCGUAUCUAAGUAAUGUAAAAUUCAUUUUUGGCAAAAUUUGUAUAAUAAAAAUUGAAGAGAAACGAGAACAAAGUCGGCACUUCAUAUGCAUCAACUUUUCACACGCAGAAAUGAAAGAAAUUGUGUAGAAUUAUUUCGAUAUAAAUAUUUAAUAAUAGUUAACACAGGUGCUCAUUUUAUCGUGAGUUACCGUGAGAAGGAUUAUCAUCGGAACGUUAAUUAAAAAAAGAAAUUCAGCCAGAUUCAACGGCAGGUUUAACGUGGCUAAACCUGUGCUUGUUUCAUUCCGGUUUCUGGCCACGUCCCCUUGUCCUCGAUCAUAAUUUAAUCAGACUUAAUACAGUAUUUAGCGACUGCUAAUCUCUUUAGAAUUCCGCCGCGUCAUUUGAAUCCCGAAUUAUUCAAAUGGCUGGGCAUUACUUGCGCGCUUGGGGCAUUUGGGCUGUAACGUUUGUGCAAACUGAAUGUUUGCGCACUAGAACGUUUGGAUAAUAUGAAAUUCAGAUUUAAACGUUGAAUUCAAACCUCUUGAGGUACAAAUGUCUUCUUUCCGCCGAGUCCUGAUAUAUCAUAAACAUUUUUCAACGGAUGAUUCUCUGUAAAUGUACAAUUCCUUUUUAUACGAUUUCUGCUUGGAAAUUGGAAACCAUCAAAAAUAAUAUUUAUUCUAAUCGAUGCUAUACAAUAUUUCUACAAAUAUUUUUAUUGAGAACUUCGCAGCUUUACAUUUAUUCACAUUUUUAGAACUCUUUUCGAUUUCGAACAGCACUCAGAUAUAAGACAAUUUAUUCUUCGCUUAUUUAAACGAAAAUUCAUGUUCGUCGGAUGCACGGUGUACCCAGAAGAAAAGUUCCGCGGCAAUUUUCCGAAGGAUUGUUAUUUCCUAGCAGUUUCGUACGAACAAAUUUUUCUUCGUACCCUCCAUUUAUGUAUCUCUUUACGGAGAAUCAUUCUUAUCUCCCACGGAACUUCAGAGUUUCGAAACUUCUGGUAGCUCGUUUCUCUUAUUCUGGCUGGUUACACGAUCGAUUGACUCUAGUUAUUGGUUCCUAUAUAAAGUUCCUUUGAUCGCAGCGAAAUGAUACGUUACGCGAGGGCAGCAUUCGAAAGUACCACAGGAAUUUAUAGAUUCCGUGUGUGCGACGGUGAAAUUCUAUUUAGCAUAUCACCAUUUGUUACCACUUCGGUGCGAGUAGGGAACGGAACUGCGGGAGAAUAUUUCAGGGCUAUUAAACCGUGACGAAUUACCUAAAAAGCAGUUAACCGGUCAGGUAUUAUAUAUUCAGAUCCGUGUUCCUUUUCGCUUCAGACGAUUUGCUACCUUCUGUAUCGGACUUCUAAAUUGAUUACGUAGUCGAACAUAUAUACUUCAACCCUUUCAAACUCCAAGAAACGUAAUAAUCAUCCCUUUGCUUCAAAAUAAGAAUAACGAAUCAUUUAAACCGCGUUCCGCGGCAGUAAUUUCAUUUCCAAAACGGAUCGCCACUAUUUCUUCGCAACAAGCCAAUUCAUUUUCGAUUUUCCCAAUCGAGUGACUGCAUCGAUAACCGAUGGUAGUAAUUACAUCCCUUUGUAAUUCCUCGAAGGCUAAUAAUCGCUUCAGUCUGUCGAUACGGUAACGUGAUGGUCCGUCGAAUUCUUCAAAUCCCGGUUCCCAAUUGAUGGGAAACAGCGGAAUACGUUUUCACCCCUACACGGUGGACCGCGCCACCCUCGGAUCUAAUACGCUGUUCGGCCGUUACGUCGAAAAGUUCGCUGGCCCGCGUCAUCGUAACGUAUCACCUGGCUGCAAAACGAGGGGAAAACAUCCGGGGGUUGGCUCCCUCGCGUCGCCGGAGAGAAUCGUUGCUCUCCGAGAGGGAAAACUGGCGUCCCGAAACUGUUUCCGUGACAGUUGCUCGGUUGUUCCGUUGAAUCCUCGCACACGAGCUCACACACACACGCGCACACAUCCAUACGCGCGCGCACCACACUGGCUAGCCCGUGUACACCGGGAAGCCGAGUGCACCGACGGGGGUAGAGAUACACAAGAGAAGAGAGGCCGUGGAGAUACAGUACUCCCCGACCUUCUUUAUCCCAGUUUCUCCAUCCCUCUUCGCAUUCCCUCCUGUUCCUCCCUCUCUCUCCUUUAUUCUCGCCCUCUCUUGCCCCUUUCACACUGUUCCUAAUUCUACCGAGCAGUUGUGCAGAGAGAAAUAUAACGCGGUGAUCGAUGUCGGUGUAUGCAAAUGGUUGGGUUUCACGUUGCAGAGAUCGUUUCGUUGUUAAAUCCUUGAAAAGGGUCCCUCCGUCCUUUUCAGUUUCCCUCGCACGCUAAUCAACUUCCACCCUACUUUCCUCUUUCACUCGUGUCUUUCCUUUUUCUGUCCCUCUCCUGUUUCUACCCUAUCUGUCUGUUCUCUCUGUCUCUCUUUCUCUCUCUUUCUCUCUCUCUCUCUCUCGCUCG